CGCCGGCAUCAGGCUCCACCCCUCCCGCGGCUGCCUCCCAAGGCUGCACCGCUCACGCCUUCCUGUUAGUCAGAGCUGGGAGAAGUUCACUCCGAUCAGCUGAUCCCAACUGACACUGGAGAGGAGGAAGCCCCGGAGGCAACUAAGGAGGAGGGGGGCGGAGAUGGAGAUGAGGAUGGAUCCGCCGGUGCCCUGAGGAACAGCCUCCACCCCCACCGACGCCUGCGGCCCCCCCCGCCCCCCCCUCCCGGCCCCGACGCCUCCUGGCUUUGGCAGAACAGCUCCUUGGUAUCCCCUGACAUAUUAACUUGAGAUUGGAUUAUAUUGAAAAGCUCCUGACCACUCCAUUUUGUUACUAAAACCUGUGCUGAGGCCCAACCAGUGAGCCCACCUCAGUGAACGAAUCAGACCUCGCUCAGAUAGCCAUCAAAAACACUUUAAGGUUAAUUUUGACCACAUAUUUAUUUGUCUCCACUUUAUGGAGGAUGAAACCCUCAAACCAAAUCAACGUUGCUGCUGAUAUAAGAAUCUGGAAGGCAAAAAAUUAAUCCAAACAGUUGUGAGAAGAAUUAUAAUUGGACACCGGAGGUUUCUUAUCUUUUGUUUGAGGUAUUUUGGACCUUGUGAAAGUUCAGUAGUUUUCGUACUGAAAGCUUUGGUCUUCACUCCCAGGGAACAGCUCAACGACUGCUGUAUGGUGAGUGUUUCCAUCGCAAACUGAAUAUGAGUGCCCAGACAUCCUCAGCAGAGAAGGGCCUGAAUCCAGGCCUGAUGUGCCAGGAGAGUUAUGCUUGCAGCGGGACCGAUGAAGCUGUCUUUGAGUGUGAUGAGUGCUGUAGCUUGCAGUGUCUCCGCUGUGAGGAGGAGCUCCAUCGGCAGGAGCGCCUGAGAAACCAUGAGCGGAUAAAGCUCAAACCUGGCCACAUCCCUUACUGUGACCCCUGCAAGGGCCCCAAUGGGCAUUCACCUGGUGUUAGGCAGAGGGCAGCUGUGAGGUGCCAGACCUGCAAAACCAACUUGUGCCUGGAGUGCCAGAAGAGAACGCAUUCUGGGGGUAACAAAAGGAGACACCCAGUUACUGUGUACCAGGUUGCUAAGGCCCAGGAGGCACUGGAGGAAGAAGAGAUGGAUGAGGAGACCAAGAGGAAGAAGAUGACUGAAAAGGUUGUGAGUUUCCUCCUAGUAGAUGAAAAUGAAGAAAUUCAGGUAACGAAUGAAGAGGACUUUAUUAGGAAAUUGGACUGCAAACCUGAUCAGAAUCUGAAGGUGGUUUCCAUUUUUGGAAAUACUGGUGAUGGAAAGUCUCAUACUCUCAACUACACUUUCUUUUAUGGCCGUGAAGUCUUCAAAACCUCCCCUGCCCAGGAGUCCUGCACCGUGGGAGUGUGGGCAGCCUAUGACCCUGUCCACAAAGUAGCAGUGAUAGACACGGAAGGGCUCUUGGGGGCCACGGUGAAUCUAAGUCAGAGAACACGGCUGCUGCUUAAGGUCUUGGCCAUCUCAGAUCUGGUUAUCUAUCGAACUCAUGCAGACCGGCUGCAUAACGACCUCUUCAAGUUCCUUGGGGACGCCUCAGAAGCUUAUCUGAAGCACUUCACUAAGGAGCUCAAGGCUACCACUGCCCGCUGUGGUCUGGAUGUCCCCUUGUCCACUCUGGGCCCUGCUGUCAUCAUUUUCCAUGAGACUGUGCACACACAGCUGCUGGGCUCUGAUCACCCCUCCGAAGUUCCAGAGAAGCUCAUCCAAGACAGAUUCCGGAAGCUGGGCCGCUUCCCUGAAGCCUUUAGCUCCAUUCACUACAAGGGAACCAGGACUUACAACCCUCCCACAGAUUUCUCUGGGCUCCGACGUGCUUUGGAGCAGCAACUGGAGAACAACACCACUCGUUCUCCCCGGCACCCAGGGGUCAUCUUCAAAGCCCUGAAGGCCUUGAGCGACCGCUUCAGCGGUGAGAUUCCUGAUGACCAGAUGGCACACAGCUCCUUUUUUCCAGAUGAGUACUUCACCUGCUCCUCCUUGUGCCUCAGCUGUGGGGCUGGUUGUAAGAACAGCAUGAACCAUGGGAAGGAAGGAGUGCCUCAUGAAGCCAAGAGCCGCUGCAGAUACUCUCACCAGUAUGACAACCGGGUUUAUACCUGCAAGGCCUGCUAUGAGAGAGGCAAGGAAGUCAGCGUCGUGCCCAAAACAUCAGCUUCCACUGACUCCCCCUGGAUGGGUCUCGCAAAGUAUGCCUGGUCUGGGUAUGUGAUUGAAUGUCCAAACUGUGGUGUGGUGUAUCGGAGCCGGCAGUACUGGUUCGGAAACCAAGACCCUGUGGAUACAGUAGUGCGGACAGAGAUUGUGCACGUGUGGCCUGGGACCGAUGGAUUUCUGAAGGACAACAAUAAUGCUGCCCAGCGCCUGUUGGACGGCAUGAACUUCAUGGCUCAGUCGGUGUCCGAGCUUAGCCUUGGGCCCACCAAGGCUGUGACUUCGUGGCUGACAGACCAGAUUGCUCCAGCCUACUGGAGGCCCAACUCCCAGAUUCUGAGUUGCAGCAAGUGUGCGACAUCAUUUAAAGAUAAUGACACAAAGCAUCACUGUCGGGCCUGUGGGGAGGGCUUCUGUGACAGCUGUUCAUCCAAGACCCGGCCAGUGCCCGAGCGAGGCUGGGGCCCUGCACCAGUGCGUGUGUGUGACAGCUGCUACGAAGCUAGGAAUGUCCAGUUCGCUGUUGCUGAGGCACAAGCGGAUGAUGAAGGGGGAACACUGAUUGCUCGGAAGGUGGGCGAGGCCGUGCAGAACACUCUGGGAGCCGUGGUGACAGCCAUUGACAUACCACUAGGUCUGGUAAAGGAUGCGGCCAGGCCAGCGUACUGGGUCCCCGACCACGAGAUCCUGCACUGCCACAGCUGCCGGAAGGAGUUCAGCAUCAAGCUUUCCAAGCACCACUGCCGGGCCUGUGGACAGGGCUUCUGUGACGAGUGCUCUCAUGACCGCAGGGCUGUCCCCUCUCGUGGCUGGGACCAUCCUGUCCGAGUCUGCUUUAACUGCAAUAAAAAGCCUGGUGACCUAUAACCCCA